AUCACCGCGCGCCAGCUCUCCGGGAAUCGUAGGGGGCGGCAGGCGCUGGCGGCGCGUGAUCCUCGGGCCUGUCCGCCGCGCGAGACCAAGGCACUGAUGUUUGAACAGGCAGCUUCACAGUGUUUAAAAGAAUCUUCCAAAUGGCUUUGAAUCAGACAAACUAGAAAAUCGCUUCGGAACACCGCCUUCAGCAUGCAUCUCCCCCCUUGGGCUUUCCUGGCCAGGAGCUUUUUGAAGAGUCCAUUCUGCAGGGAGCCAGAAUGCUGAUCCUCAUGGAACCAGCUUAGUGGAUUUGACUUUCUGGUAGAUUUCUCUCGCUUUAUUAGAUUCUCUCCCAGAGUUCUAAGAGGCAUGGAGGUAUUCAUGGCACCGAAGAGCCUGCGAGGAAGGAAGUAGCACUUUCAUGCUGCGUGAAAACCAAGCAGGUGACAGUUGUGGCUGAAAACACUUAAAUCUCUCACAUCUGGAUUUACUGCUGGGGCGCAAAAAGCAAUACUGGACAAGAAAACCCAAAUAAGUAGAAUGAGGGCCACUGGCAAGUAAAUGGCCACUUCUACCUUGACGGAGCCGACGUCAGCCUCCUGGUGGAAUUAUUUUUUCCUUUAUGAUGGUUCAAAGGUGAAGGAAGAAGGCGAUCCGACGAGGGCUGGCAUUUGUUAUUUCUAUCCUCCUCAGACUCUGCUUGACCAGCAGGAGUUGCUCUGUGGACAGAUUGCGGGCGUGGUGCGCUGUAUUUCUGACCUCUCCGCCUCAGCUCCCACCCUCGUUCGUCUGCGGAAACUGAAGUUCGCCGUAAAGGUUGACGGAGAGUACCUUUGGGUGCUGGGCUGUGCUGUGGAGCUCCCCGACGUUAGCUGCAAGCAGUUUCUGGAUCAGCUCAUUGGUGUCUUUAAUUUUUACAAUGGACCCGUCUCUCUGGCUUACCAGAACCGUUCUCCAGAAGACCUGCACGCUGCUUGGGACACCUUCAUUGCUCAAGUCCUAAAGAACACCAGUGACCUGCACAAGAUAUUCAACUCCCUCUGGAACCUGGACCGAACUAAAGUGGAGCCCCUGUUGUUGCUGAAGGCAGCCCUCAUUCUGCAGACGUGCCAGCGCUCGCCUCACAUUCUGGCCGGCUGUAUCCUCUACAAGGGACUGAUUGUUAGCACCCAGCUCCCACCAUCCCUCACGGCUAAGGUCCUGAUCCAUCCAGCUGCACCUCGGGACCAGAGAAUACCUGCAGGAGGGGGUGCCCUGCAGGAACAUGGAGCGGCACUCCCUGCAAAUGUCCAGAUCAUGCCUGUGUUCCUGACCGAAGAGGAAGCCAUCAGUCUCCACGAGUUCCCAAUGGAGCAGGAAACGAGCUUGGCUGCCCCGCCGGCCGGACUCCAGGAGCACUCAGCCCAGCGUUGGAGCACAUCUGCCCCCACCGAAAACGCCACUGGCCACGUGGGAUCUGCGGCCUGGACGUUGGCAACCACUCCCGAGCCUACGGGUCCUGACGUAGCAUGGCCAGAUGGCAAGGGGGAGAACAGGCGCUUGCCUGGCCAUGAUCUGGAGAACGUCAAGCCUGCAAGACAGCACAGCCCGGCCAGGGACAAGGGUCCUGGUCUCCGCGGCUCCCUGGCGAGGGAACCUCGUCUGCCCUGGGCGGAGGAGGAACCGGACUUGUCUGAGAUCCACAUUCCAGAAGCUCGGGAAACAGGAAUGUGCCCGGGUUAUUUUGCCCUCCCGAGUACGUGUGCCCCAGAUGGUGGCAGUCCUUGCUUUGAGGAAUGUGCCAGUGACUCUGGCAGCCAGGAACCCAAGCCGCCUGAUGCCCUCAGCAGCUUCCUGUCUCUGUCCACUCCUGAGAUCCCCCCCCAGAACAGAGCCCUGGAGCGGCACAACGACCUUCCAGGGGACAGCAGCCCAGCCCCCUCUCCCAGGGAAGACCGCCUCCCUGGAAGGACGAGCAGGCCGUGGUCAUGGCCUUGCUCAGACUCGAGGCAGGAAGGAACCAUGCUUCCCGUGGGCGAACGAGGCACAGAGCAGCCUGUUGGGGUUCGUGACAGCCGCUCAACACCCGGCGGCUCUGACUUGGCAGAGUCUCAGGACGACGGUCCCUCUGCAGACAGAAAUGACCCGAGGUCAGCCCCCACAUCCCAUGAGGGGCUUGUGCCGAUGAACCUCUACACCCACGAUGUCAACGGGCUGGUGCUGUCCCUGCUGGCCGAGGAGCCGCUGCUGGGCGACGACGCAGCCAUCGAGGAGGUGUACCACAGCAGCCUAGCGUCCCUGAACGGGCUGGAGGUCCACCUGAAGGAGACGCUGCCCAAAGACGCCGCUGCCUUCCCCAGCAGGACGUACAACUUCACGCAUUAUGACCGCAUCCAGAAUGUGCUGACCACGAACCUGCCACAGGUGGCCACCGCCCAGGACCGCCGCUUUCUCCGGGCCGUCGGCCUCAUGCACUCGGACUUUGCCCGGCUGCCUGCGCUGUAUGAGAUGACCAUCAGAAACGCCUCCACGGCCGUGUACGCCUGUUGCAGCCCCGUCCAGGAGACCUAUUUCCAGCAGCUGGCGGUGGCGGCGCGGAGCUCCGGCUUCCCGAGCCCGCAGGACGGCGCCUUCAGCCUCCCCGGCAAAGCCAAGCAGAAGCUGCUGAAGCACGGGGUGAACUUGCUCUGAACCGGGCCGCGGCAGGAAGUUCAUCACCCCAGGAGAGGAUGAGCAAGUCGAAUAGCAAAGAAGUUGCGCCUUCUUGAAAGUCCCUCUGUUCUAGUUUCCUCGGCACAUUCCCCUUGUAGGAACAUGAUGAUACGUGCGUGCGUAUCACUCCUUUUGUAGGUUGGGGCUUGAGCGGGUAGUUCUUUGGGUCAGCGGACCUAGAGCAUGCAAUAAAGGGCUUUGUUACGCUGGCCAGGUUGCGGCCGGGCCGGGUGCUUUUGGCUCCCAACCAAAGAGGGGCAGGGCCAGGUAGUUGUCCCGUCACACGCGGUCUUGGGCACCUGUCACUUUUCGCUGCUAUUGCAUCUGGACCCUAACUAGUACCACGAGCAUUUUCUCUGCAACCCUGUUGUCCUGAGUCCAGGGGGCGGUGUGAGGCAGGGCUGCAGGGGGUAGGAUUUGUCAGCCAGCAGACCGAACCCCCACGCCUCAGGUAGGUGUUCUUUGGAGUGGCCCCCCCGGGAGGUCUGGACGCGCAGGGAGUCAGGCAGGGAUGCCAGAAGCACCUCGUUUGCAUGCUUCUAGAACUAUAUUCAAAACCAGGAGUUUUGUUCUGUUCUUUGGAACACCCACAGUGGGGGCAAGUCUUGAUAACAUGGGAGGGAGCCUGGGGUUCUAAGGUAGCCGUGAGCCCCGGGAACUGGGUGAUGGCACACCGGGCCGUGCGCCUUUGGUGUGACGUGGGCCAUGCAGCUGGCCCCUCUCCAGUGAAGGUCCUCAAACAGGAGUUCUCAAAACGGGGCAAAAGCCAAACUGUGCUUUCCAGCGGGCUGCAUGAAAGGGAGCAGCGUUCAUCCGUGUCCCCGGGCCCAUGCUCCAGGCAGAAAGUUUACAACAAUGUGUUACAGAACACAGGAUGAGAUCUUUACCAGGGUCUGAACUGUUUACUGGGAGUACCUGAGACUUCCGUUUGGAAACUGCAAUGUUAAUAGUUUGAUGUUAGUGAACAAGUGCCUAAUGUUUGUGACCGUGUCUUGUCUUGAAAGGAGUUGCCCAGGGCUAAAAAUAAAACAGCCCAAAAUGCUAUUGA